CAGUCGUUGACGGUCAUUGCGAACGGAUUCAAAAGACACAAAUUUGUGUCUGUGUUUUGAAGAAAUUAAGACAGAUAGAGCAUUUGAAGAGACAAAAAGAGGGGAUAACCGUUUUAAGAAAAUAGAAGAAAGGAACCAUUACCAAAACCUAUGUACCUUAACUGAAACUUCGUAUUUUGUUACCGGAACUUAAAUAAAGAAGAAAGACAUAAUGUCUCUGAUCCCGACGUUGUUCUCCAGUUGGUGGGAAGAUCUGGAAAAGCCUCAUCGUCUUUUCGCCCAAGAUUUUGGACUGCCUUUGGGUCCUGAAGACUUGCCAAUUUCCGCAUUGGUCCCCUAUGAUUCUGAAAUGUUAGUUCUGAGACCUCGCCGUCGUGGUCUUUACAGAUACCAGCCUUAUGAAAAGAGUAUUGAUCGUAAAUCACGUGGAUCAUCUACGGUGCAAUCUGAUAAGAACAAAUUUCAGGUAACUUUGGAUGUUCAACAGUUUGCUCCAGAAGAAGUGACUGUUAAAGUGUCUGGAAAGAAUGUAAUUGUUGAGGGAAAGCACGAGGAAAAGCAAGAUGAACAUGGCUGGAUCUCGAGGCAUGGAGUUUUGACCAUUAUAGCACCAAGAAAGGAAACAGAUCCAAAAUCAAAAAAUGAAAGGAUCAUACAGAUUGAAUCUACAGGAAAACCUGCGUUAAGAAAUGAUAUAGAUUCUAUAGAAAAGCAGAAGGAAGCUUCACCUCAGAAGAAUCAGAUAUAACAAAGGAGUCCAGAGAAAACUGUGAAAGCAGCUUAAGAAGAGACUGAUUGAAAUAGUAUUGUAACGAUAAGAUGUCUUCUGA